AUGGAUCCCGGGACCUCCCCACGAAUGCAGAGCGAAUACCCUGCGCCCGAUUCCCCUUCAACCGCUUCCAUGAGCGAGUCCAAUCGCACGAGGUCCUCCGAUGGCUCGACGCGCGAAAGCGGCAAGUCGUCGCGCCGGAGCCACAAAGAGAGGUCGAGCCGCGAGAUUGCGGCGCGCAUGAUCGUCCUGCACGAGCGCGAGAACGUGAAGGACAUGGAACGAUUGUUGCGGCAGGUGACGGAACAGUAUCACGCAGAGAAGCGGCGCGCGGACAAUGCUGAGCGCGACAUUGUCGAGGUGCUGACGCGCUUGCGCACGGUGAACGACGAGAAGCUCGCCGCGAUACGAGACGCGGAGAAGGCGAAGAGGGAAUUAUCACUGUACCAGAUACAGCUGGAGAAAGCCGCGUUCGAAAUCAAGCGCGCACAAGAGACCGUGAACGCCGUAGAUGCCCAGCGGGUCCGAGCCGAGGAAGAGGCCGCACGCGCUCGAUCGACCGCACGGCGUCUGAACGAAGAGCGCCUCAUCGAGGUUGCUAGAGAAGAAGGUCGCCGUAUCGGUAUUCUCGAAGGCCUGCAGCGCGGGCGCGAGUUCUCGUACGGCCGGCGCUACAUCUCGUCAGUCCCCGCCACGACCACCACGGAGGACCUCUACGAUGAAGAGGAGAGCAUCGCCUCGCGGCGCGAUUACGCCCGCGCUACCAGAGAGGGCCUCAACGAGCGCCGGCGCUCGUCCGAUGCCGAGAGCGAGGACGCCGUCCCCACACCUCCGCAACCUAUGGAACCCGUCCCAGAACCACCUGUUCCAGAGCCAACUCCUGCCCCGCCGCCACGCCCGCCGUCCACUGCGCCGUCAGCGCUCACUGGCAUCCCUGGCUUCAUGUCUCCGGGCCCAUCCCACGUACCACCGCCCGACAAUUUCAUCCCCAUGAUGUCGGAAGAUGGGGGUAUCAGCCUCCCGCCACCACACGAGUUCCACCAGCAACAGACACCCCAGGCUAUGGCCGAGCCGCCGCUUCCCCCUGCGGAGGGGCAGCAGACGCCCGGGCCUGAGCGUCGAAGGCGCCGUCAUCAUUAUUCCUACCGCCAGUCGAGCCCGGAGUCGCUAUCUACGACGCUUUCUCAUCUGGAUAUGGUCAAAGAGCCUGAUCAGAAUGUCAUGUCGACGCCCAUGAGCGCGAUUGCGGAGGUCGGCGAUAUACAGGCGCCCGUCCACCUCGAGUAG